AUGACGGCCGAGAAGUCGCUAACUAUUGUACUGAACGAGAGACCGACGGGUCGAAUCGUUGCGGGGAAGACAUUCCGAGAAGAGCUUGUCGAUGCGCCCAAAGAAGCAGACCUUAAAGAUGGACAGGUUCUCUUCGAGACCUAUUAUCUCUCAAUGGAUCCGACCAUGCGUGGUUGGCUCAAAGAUGUCCGAUCAUACUUGCCUCCUGUCCAGAUCGGUGAAGUCAUGCGUGGCACAGGAGUAGGACGGAUAGUGGCCUCCAAGAACCCAAUGUUCAAGGCAGGAGAUCUAGCUACGGGUAUAUGUGGGUGGCGAGAACUCACUAUUCUCGGCGAGAAGGAGAUCUGGCCACCGCAACUGGCCCCUGGCCAGCAGUUACUACCUGAACUCAAGGUUCAUGAUCUAGCGGGAGUAUUGAGUAUUAGCCAAUACAACCCGAGUAACGUCGUCGAAUCAUAUCAGAACUUUAGCAAGGUCACGGCGAUGCGGAUCCGAAUGGAGGGAUUCAUUGUGCUAGACUACAUGCGAGAAUGGCCUGCAGCUUCACAACAAUUGGGUAAAUGGAUAUCGGAAGGCAAGAUUAAGCCUAAAACCACCAUUAUCAAGGGAGGCUUAAAGAAGGCUGAAGAAGCACUAAUCGGCCUCUACGAUGGGGUUAAUUAUGGCAAACUCGUCGUUGAAGUCAAGGAGCCGCCCGUAUAA